AUGUACGAUGGUAUUAAGAAUGCAGUUGUUCCAACUGUCAGAAAAACAGCUCCUCUGAAGACGAAGACAGGAGAAGUUAUUACUGAUGAAGGCAAGCAGAUGGAGCGCUGGGUUGAACACUACCUCGAGCUUUAUGCAGCUGAAAAUGAAGUAAGCAAGGAUGCACUUGAUGCAGUCAAACAAAUGCCAGUUAUGGAAGAGUUUGUUGCAAUGCUCACUAUGGAAGAACUUGGCAGAGAGAUAGAUUGCCUAGCUAAUGGAAAGGCUCUAGGUGAAGAUGGGAUCCCUGCAGUGAUUAUUAUGUAUAACAAGCCUGUCCUUCUACAGCAUCUACAUUCACUUCUCACCACCAUCUGGGAAGAAGGCUACGUCCCACUAAGUAUGCAAAAUUCAAAGAUUCUUACUGUGUGUAAACAGAAGGGAGGCAGAAGUGAUUGCAACAAUUACUGA